UUCCUUCUCGAUGUUGCAUUGAGUUUAUCGUUAAUUGAUAAAGAAGUAGUGUUCCUUUUAGCGGAGGGAUCUGAAAUCAACAGGUGCGUUCUUUGUCUCAAGGUCAAACAACCAGGAAGAGUAAAAUCGAGAAUUUAUUAGAAAUCAUAUACUUUCGCUCACUUAGCUAGGCCAAUUAGGAACAAUAUAAAGAGAACAAUAAAUCAUGACUGACGCUGCUCCACCAACCUAUGGUUCGGUUGCACAACAGAACCCAGCAGCAACACCAGCAACGAAUCCUACAUUCACAACCGAAUCAAACCAGAUGCAACCAGGCGGUGGCUCCACCUAUCCACCAGCAGUUCAACCUCCUGCACCCGUACAAGCCCCAGGUGCCCAAGCUGCUGGUGGUGCCCCCUAUGCUACACCUUACCCCCAACCGGGACAGCAAAUGCCUGGCAAGGAAUACCCACAGGAGCCCCCACCAAAGUAUGAGGCCCCUGGUGGUGCGGGAGCUCCUGGGUAUCCACCCCAGGGGGCCUAUCCUCCACAAGGAUCAUACCCACAGGGCUCAUACCCUCAAGGUUACCAACAGCAGACAGUCAUGGCCCAACCCGUACAACAGACAGUGAUCGUGCAGUCUUCCCAACUCGGCCCCCAUCCUAAAAUGAUGGAAUGCCCACAUUGUCAUGCUACAGUAACAACUACAGUCACAUACCAGUCUGGAGGCCUCACUUGGCUAUCUGCAGGCCUUCUUUGUUUAUUUGGCUGUUGGAUGGGCUGCUGUUUGAUUCCGUUCUGUAUCGAUGACUUGCAGGAUGCCGACCACGGCUUCUGUGAUCGUCACUUUUUGAACACUCCUCGAAGAAUGGGUCUGCUGCUUGUGUUUCAUCCCGCUGUGCAUCAAUGA